CUACAGCUUGCGCUCGCAUUCAAACAGUCGCUUAAGCUGUGCUUCCACCAAAAGGCUUAACAGCAGUUACUGCUCAUCAUUCAUUCUUCAACUCAUCAAAGAGAAAAAGAGUUUUAGCAACAGGAGAGCAGCCGAGAGGUUGCUAUUAAAGGAUCAGCUAUGCUUGGAGGCAUACGUACAGAUUUGGUGGUCACAGUGGCUGUUCUCUUUCUAACUCAGACAGGGACUCAGUGCAGAGCUGAAAAUGACUUCCUAUUAGUUACUUUACCGGAGUGGAGGGCACAUUCAGAAUACGUUAUACAGUGUUUUGAUGACAGACAUGCCAAUCUGAACUGUGAGUGGCCGGCGAGUGAAAAAGGAGCAGGGGAUUUUGCAGUGAAUGUUUCAGAGAGUGGUCCACUAGGGAUUGAGGGCCAGGCUUGUCUAGAGUUCUGGUACCUUGUCCCAGUUGCCGCUAAUGGGUCUGAACUUCGUGUCUUGCUAAAAAACAGCGUUGGUUCAGUAGAAAUCUGGACCUCUCCUGCUCUCCCUCAGAAUGCAUGGAGGCAAGCGUUUGUGCCCCUGAACAUCACUGAGUCCAGGACUCGGGUUGUGUUUGAAGUGGUUCAAGGAUUGUCCAUAGAGAAAGAGAUCACAUUUAAAAAGAUAGGUGUAAGAAAAGGCUCCUGUGGACGACAGUGUGAAUCGAACGCAGAGUUAUGGACAGAUGAGACCACCCGCUGCCUCUGUUCUGCUGGCCAGCUCUCCUGCUUUCCCUCUCACUGCCCUGAAGGCCAACUCUGUGGUCCUCAAAGAAGAGGCCCCAAUGGGACUUCUACCUUUGGGAUGUGCACUAUACACAGUCGAACAGACGGCAGCACUUUUGAUGGAGUAUUGUUCCGCUUCACGACCGCCUGCACUUAUGUUCUGGCUAAGACCUGCCCACCCACUGAAACCCUACCCAUGUUCACUGUGGAAGUGGUCAAUGAGCAGAAUGAUAACACAUCUCUGCCAGAGGUCCAGAAGAUCAAUAUUAACAUGAGGAUUUACAGGGUGUCUCUGCUGAAAAGCCAAACAGACCGGGUUGUGAUUAAUGGGAUCUGGAGAAAGCUUCCACUAAGCCUUAACAGCGACACUGUCAACAUCAGGAGCACCCCUACCACUAUUGUGCUGGCAACCACUUUUGGUCUUACAGUCUCAUUUGACAGUACUGGUGUGGUCCACGUCACCCUCCCAUCAACCUAUUCUGAUAAAGUCUGUGGCAUGUGUGGCAACUUUAACCACCUCAAAGAAGAUGACUUUAGGAACCUCGAUGCACAAACCGCAACAGCUUUGGCUGAAAGCUGGCAGACUGGGAAAACUGCCUCUUCCUGUGAAACCAUUCUAUUCCCUCAGUGUGACCCACUGGAGGAGGCAGAGUAUGCCAGCGAGCUGUACUGUGGAGGCUUAUUCUCUACUACUGGUCCCUUUGCUGACUGCUUAUCAGUUGUAGGGGCAGACAGCUAUAUCAGAGGCUGCGUGUUUGACAUGUGUUCUACUCAUGGUGACCAAGCCGUGCUAUGUGAGACGCUACAGGUCUAUAUUGAUAUCUGCAAUAAAGCUGGCAUUGCAGUACCCACGUUGAGGAACUCCACAAUCUGCCCCAUACAGUGCGGUGAGAACAGCCACUAUAACUCGUGUGCUGAUGGCUGUCCCGAGGUGUGCUCCAGCCUGGAUAUAGCUGGCUCCUGUGGAAGCUGUGAGGCAAGAUGUGAAUGUGAUUCUGGCUUCAAACUCAGUGGGGAAAAGUGUGUCCCAGCAGAAGACUGCGGGUGCUGGUAUAAUGGAAAACACUAUGAGAAAGGAGAAACACUGGUGGAAGGAGAUUGUGUGCAACAGUGUCAGUGUAUGGGUAAUAACAAUAUGCAGUGCACUCAAAUGCAAUGUGCAGACAAUGAAGUCUGUAAGGUUAAAGAUGGGGUCAAAGGCUGCUUCCUUUUCAAACCCACCACCUGCAGUGUGUACGGUGAUCCACACUACAUCACCUUUGAUGGUCUGGCAUAUGACUUUCAAGGGGGAUGCAGUUACAUAUUGACCACCACAUGUGGUGGAGGAAGCUCAGUCCAGUUCACAGUAUCUGGACACAACACCCAUCCCCACCUUCAGAACUUCACCAGAUCCAAGCUUCAAGCCGUGGCUCUCCAAGUCGAGGAUCUGUAUCUCAUCUUGAAUCAAAGCGGAGAGGUCUAUGUCAGUUAUAAGCAAGUCCAACUGCCGUAUUCCACCAGCGGGACAUAUGGCUCAGUAUGGGUGUAUGUGAAGAAUAAUCAUAUCAUCUUGGAGACAACUUUUGGCCUCAAAAUGCAGAUAGAUGGAGAGAACAGACUGUUUCUGCAGGUGGAUGAGCACUACAAAUAUGAACUGUGUGGACUGUGUGGUACUUAUUCUGGAUACCAGGACGAUGACUUUGUAACUCCAGGAGGCCAAAACGUGUCAGAAGCGUUCGAGUUUGGUGACAGCUGGAGGGUCCCAAACAACUCUGAAUGUUUAGCUCGUCCAAACAAUCCAAGACUCUGUGACAAGGAUGAGAAGGAUACAGCCUACAAUGAGUGUUCAGUGCUGUUUGGCAGUGGUUUCAUGCCCUGUCAUGAACACAUUCACCCAAGCAUCUACCUCAAUAGUUGUGUGUAUGACUACUGUGCUACAAGCGGCGACCAACACACACUCUGUGAAUCUCUGAAGUCCUAUGCAACAGCAUGCCAGGUUUCAGGAGUUGAACUUCCAAACUGGCAGACUGGCACAGCCUGUGAAGGCCUUUCUCCCUCAACAGCUCCUCCAACAACUGCUUCUCCAACACCAGAUCAAACUUUUUGUCCCUUGAACUGCAAUUUUGAAAAAGAUCUGUGUGGGUGGGAGCAGCUUAUGCAGGACACUUUUGAUUGGACAAAACACUCUGGACCCACACCAACAAAUUUAACAGGUCCAAACCAAGACCACACCACUGGAGCUGGUUUCUACAUGUACCUUGAGGGAGACAGUGUAACUCGUGGAGACUCUGCCCGUUUGAUGAGCUCGGCGUGUAAUUUUAACGGACCACUCUGCCUGUAUUUCUGGUACCAUAUGUAUGGUUCAGCCACAGCCAUGGCUCUUAAUAUCUACCUGCUGAAAGACAGUAAAGCAACAAAGCUCUGGUCCAUGAUGGACAACCAGGGACCAGAAUGGCAUCUGGGAAGAGCUGAUGUCAAAGUCUCUGGUCCAUUCCAAAUUAUAAUAGAAGGAAUUCGAGGCUCUAAUUAUCAGUCAGAUGUGGCCAUAGAUGACAUAUCUGUCCAUUUUGGCUCAUGUUCAGGUAGCUUUCCAGCCCUGGGAAGUGGAACUAAGCCUUCUACUACAACUACAGAAAUGCUCCCCUUACACCAAAUCUGCAAUCUUGACUGUAACUUUGACAGCAACCUUUGUAGCUGGAACCAGAUGAUUACAGAUGCUUUUGACUGGACCUGGCAAAGAGGUUCUACCCCCACUUUAAUGACGGGCCCCUCUGCUGACCACACUGGUGAUGGCCACUAUCUUUACAUUGAAGCCAACAGUGCAUCGUAUGGAGACACAGCUCGUCUCAUCAGCUCUGAGUGCUCUGACUCUGGACCUCAGUGUCUGCAGUUCUGGUACCAUAUGUGCCAAUUCCACUGUAAUUUUGAGCAAGAUUUAUGUCAGUGGAAUCAGAUGAUAACUGAUGCUUUUGAUUGGACAAGACAGAGUGGCUCCACUCCUACCAUCAAUACUGGACCAUCUUCAGAUCACACCACAGGAGGUGGCCACUAUCUUUACAUUGAAGCCAACAGUGCAUCAUAUGGAGACACAGCGCGUUUCAUCAGCUCUGAGUGCUCUAACUCUGGACCUCAGUGUCUGCAGUUCUGGUACCAUAUGUACGGCUCAGCAGACACAAUGGGCCUCCAUGUUUACCUGCUCCAAAACAGAAUAGCCAAUCAGGUUUGGAGGAAGCAGAAUGACCAAGGAAAUAUGUGGCACCUGGCUCAGGUGGACAUUACAGCAACAGACAAUUUCCAGAUUAUAUUUGAAGGACGAAGAGGUUCGAAUACUCAGUCUGAUGUGGCAAUAGAUGAUGUGUCACUUUAUCAUGGGCACUGUGCAGAUGAUGACGAUGAUGACGAUGACAGCAAAGAACAUGAUGAACACCACAGAUUACAAGAGCUUAAGAUCAGAGUGUACAAUCACACUGUGGAGUUCAAGAAGAAUCGGAAACUGAUCGUGGAUGGAAAACCAACGGAAAUGCCCAUCUCAGUGACUGGUGGUCUAAAGAUCUGGAAGCGUUCCUCUCAUAUCUACCUACAAACUGAUUUUGGCUUGUCAGUGGCGUUUAAUGGACACCAUUCAGCAGAGAUUACUCUACCACACAUUUAUAGAAGGAAGGUGGGAGGCCUGUGUGGAAACUUUGAUGCUCAGAGAAAAAAUGACAGGAUGAAGCCAGAUGGUACCAUAGCCAGAAGCACUCAAGAAUUUGGAGAGAGCUGGAGAGUGUGAAUGCCAGAUGAAACACUGUCUUUGAAUGUGGAUGAGUUUAAUCUCUAUCAGUUACAUAAAACUCCAUAUGGAUAAAAAAGAACAGAUGAGUGUAAUGAUUUUGGCUUUUCUUCGUUAGCCAGCAAGUGUUGUCUUUACCUAGCUUUUUAGGGCUAUGUUUUCUGAAUAUCAGCAUAUCUAUUUUUUCAUGAAUGUUUAGAUACUUAUCUUUUUCUUAUUAUUUCUACAUAUAUUUGAUAUAAUCUUUGUACUCUACAUGUAAAUCGAGCUAUUAUUCUCAUUGGAUAAUAUAAAAAAAUUAAAAAGUAUGUGGUGAAUGAUCACAU